AUGAGUACUACUGGCGGAUACGUGCAACAACGACGACGACGACGACGACGACGACUGGGCGACUGGGACGGCUUGAGGGAAGAUCGCGGGAACGGCCAAGUCGACGGACACGGCGAGCGCAAGGCUACUGCCGUAUGCCACGCAGCAGCUCCUGACCCCAAGCUUGACGCUCGACGCUGGAAGCUGAAGCGCCGAAGCCGGGCCCAGCCGGGCCUCCCGAUCGAUCUCCGAAGUGUCUUUGACCGUCCUCGGCGCGUGCUCAAGCUCCUCUUUGCACGCUCGAGUCUCGAUAGUAGCCCAGAACGGCCCUCCACGGCUCCAACGUCCGUCGUCUGUCGCACACGCACACGCACACGCAUACGCACACGCACAGACACGACCACGCGCUCGCCGCUCGCGCUCACUACCGUCCCCGGCGCACCCGUACCCCAAUGUACCGAGGCAUCAUGCAUCAUAACGACCAUCCACGUUCGUCUCCAUCCGCUCGGCACACCCCACGCAGAGUACAUACGCCAGUCAUACUCUGUCAUACUCUGUCAUACUCUGUCAUACUGUGCCGUACGCCCCCCGCCCGCCCCACCCCGCCAAUCCCAAACUCCAACGAAACUGCAUCUUAUCAGAUCCGCGCCCAGCCCUCUACUAGCCCUCCCCGGAACCCCCAUAGAUCCCCGCGCGUCCGCGCCCGCAGCCGAUCGCAGCGCCCCCACCGCCCCCACCUACAGCGCCGAGGCGGAGGACGGGGCGCGCGGCGCGCGGCGCGGAGGCGGGGUCGCGCGCGUGAGGGCCCGAGGUCGACUGAGGGCCUCUGGGGACGAGGGGCGCGCAGGCGGCGGGACGGCGUCCGAGCGCGCGAUGAUCCGCAAGGUGCGCAUCCAGGUGCGCAGCGCGCGCACACCCGCACGGCGUAGACCAGCCUCUCAGCCCCCGUUCUUGCCUGUUUACUCGCUCGCUCGCCCGCCCGCCCGCCCGCCCGCAACGGAUCUUCACGGGCGCCGCGCUCGGGCUCUUCAUCGCCGCCUGUCCAAGCCCGAGACCCUCCGGGAGGGUGCGUCCCCGCGCCGCCCCCGCGCAAUGCGCCUUCGCUUCGUCCACUCGACGGCGCAGCGCCCGCAGUCCUGUGCACGCUUGGCACUGACGCCCGUCGACGUCGAUGCACGCCUGAACCUCAGUGCCCGUUCUGAGGAAAACGAGACAGCGCGACGGACAGGCGGCCUUGGCUGGACUCUGUCUGUUUGCGAACGUCGACGCACACUCGAUGGACCCAUGGCCAAGUCAGUCCAAGUCGCGAUGAUCGGAAGGGUCGGACGAUGCACGCCCGAUCCGAUCUUGGAUCCGGUCCUUGCCCCCACUUGGAUGACGUGCUCCAGCUCCGGAUCGACCACUGCGUGGUGGAAGAACAGGGAUCGCGCGGAGUCCGUGCACCGUCCGCAGCUUUUUCCGUGCCAAGAGUUCCUGCGUUCUACGCAGUACAUACGAGCGUCGAGCGCAAGCCUCGAGGUCGAUGUGCAGUCUCACCAAUAG